ACCAUGAUGGCCUCCUCCUCGCGGGACAGCUGCCUCUGGUUGCUCUGGAGACGGACCCUCCUCGCGCUGUGGCUGUGCGCGCUCGGGGCUCGUGGAGCGGAGGAUGAUAGCACUUUCAACGCAGAGUCAUGGCUGAGGAUGUACGGUUACCUGCCCCAGGCCAACAGACAGAUGUCAACCAUGCGAUCAGCUCAGAUCCUGUCCAAUGCCGUCAGUGACAUGCAGCGGUUCUACGGCCUGGAGGUCACUGGACAGAUGGACUCACAAACCAUCACAGCCAUGAGGAGACCCCGCUGCGGUGUGCCUGACAAGUUUGGAGGCCAGAUCAAAACCAACGUGCGGCGGAAACGCUACGCCCUAACCGGACAUAAAUGGAACAAAGGCCACCUCACGUACAGUAUCCAGAACUACACGCCUAAGAUUGGAGAGUAUAAUUCAUACGAGGCCAUCCGGCGGGCCUUUAAAGUCUGGGAGAGUGUCACCCCAUUGACCUUUGACGAAAUCCCCUACCAGGAGAUCAAAUAUGGACGCCGCAAGGAGCCUGACAUCAUGAUCUUCUUUGCCUCGGGUUUUCAUGGAGACAGCUCUCCUUUUGAUGGGGAGGGGGGGUUCCUAGCCCAUGCCUACUUCCCUGGACCUGGAAUGGGUGGGGACACACACUUUGACUCAGAUGAACCGUGGACCAUAGGAAACCAGAAUUUACAAGGUAAUGACCUCUUCCUGGUAGCAGUCCACGAGCUUGGCCACGCCCUGGGUUUAGAGCACUCCAACAACCCCCUGGCCAUCAUGGCUCCCUUUUAUCAAUGGAUGGAGACUGAGAACUUCCAGCUGCCUGAGGACGACCGGCGGGGCAUUCAGCAGAUCUAUGGUCAACCAGACAGUGGCCCAACCCAGGCCUUGCCCACAGUGAUACCCCGUCGCCCGGAGCCCAGGCCACCUCAGACUCCCCCUCGGCAACCCGACCGUCCCAGGACCACUGACAGACCGGAUCACUAUGGACCCAAUAUCUGUGAAGGCAACUUUGAUACAGUUGCUGUGCUCCGAGGAGAGAUGUUUGUUUUCAAGGGCCGUUGGUUCUGGAGGGUCCGCAGGAACAGGGUUCUGGAUAACUACCCAAUGCCCAUCGGUCACUUCUGGAGGGGGCUGCCUGGAGACAUAGAUGCUGCCUAUGAGAGACACGACGGCAGGUUCGUCUUCUUUAAAGGACACAGAUUCUGGGUUUUCCGGGAAGCUAACCUGGAACCAGGCUAUCCGCUGGAGCUAGUCGAUUAUGGCCAAGAGAUUCCCUACGACCGAAUAGACACAGCCAUCUGGUGGGAGCCAUCCGGCUACACCUACCUCUUCCAAGGAGACAGGUACUGGCGCUUCAACGAGCAGUCGCGUUCAGCUGACCGAGGCUACCCGAAACCAAUCAACGUCUGGGGAACGUCAGUGCCUUCCACUCCCAAGGGGGCCUUCCUCAGCGAUGAUGGAGCUUACACCUUCUUCUACAAGGGCUCCAAGUACUGGAAGUUUGACAACCACCGCAUGAAGAGCGAACCAGGCUACCCCAAGUCCAUCCUGCGAGACUUCAUGGGCUGCAGCGUGGACCUGGACCCCGACAGAGACACCGACACCGACUCAGGACGCAAACAACCAGACGUGAACCGCCCGCCGUUCAACCCUGACGCCGGAGGUGACGGCGACAAGGGCAAAGAUGGAACAGAUCGUGGCAGGACUGACAAAGACGGAGGCAAAGGCACCGACAACGACAUAGACGAAGACUACCGCGAGGGUCGUGAGGAAGACACCAACGAGGUGGACGUGGUGCUGAAGGUGGACGACAGCGAGGAGCGGACCAUGAACAUCCUGAUGGUGACCAUCCCACUCGUCCUGGUGCUGUGCAUCCUGGGACUGAUCUACGCCAUCAUCAACACGCUGCAGAGCAAAGGGGCGCCGCGGCUGCUGGUGCAUUGCAAGCGCUCGCUGCAGGACUGGGUCUGACCCUUGACAUUAGAGGACACUGAACUUUGAACUUAAAAUGGACCUUAGACGCCCCCGUCCUCCUCUAAUCCAACCCUCCUUCCAGUGAUCAUCUGUCUCAAGUCUCUGUGCUCAGUGGCUCCUGCAACUCAUAGUACACGUGGUAGUAGAUCCAUGCAAAUACUGUACUGAUACACAUACACACACACACAAACUAGAAGCAAGCAUAAUUUAUGUCUUUUACACAGACACACACACACACACACACACACAUACACAACAAACACACCACCACCCUAACCUCCUCCUGUCUCCCAUGGUGCUCUACAAUGCGUUGACUGUAGACUAUUUAUAUGAGAGAAGUUUGCACAUUGUUUUUUUUUUUUUUCUUGUUUUUGUUUUGGUUCAUUUUGUGUGACUUUUUACUGUUAUUAUUAUUAUUUCUAAACCAGGAAGGCCGUUCUAUUCUCUGCACCACCCUCCCCGUUCCCCUAAUCUCAGUAGGGGCUUUUUCCUCACUGAUAACUUGACAUCUGCUUAUGCUAUCACAGUUGCCACAAAUGCAAGACAUGAACAGAGCUUGAAAAGAGAGAACUAUCAGUCAACAGACCACCAAGCUUUCACAGCCCUCUCUUUCCUCCAUCUCUUCCCUUUUCUCUGCAGUACAGUAUGUUUUGGGGUGGGAGAGAGAAACGGGGUUUGGUCACAACAGACAUUUCACUGGAGUUUACUUUUAAGAGGUAUCAUGAAGCCAAGUCUGAGACCAGAUAUUACCCUCCGUUUGAGGCCCUCUGAGCAAGUUUUGGUUGAAAGUCUGGAGGUUGGAUUAGAGGUUAGUUUGUUGUUUGGUUUUAAAGGGUGAUAUAUUACAACUUGGAUCUUAUUUUUGCAGUUAUGCACAUUUGUACUCAAGUUAAUUUCUGAAAUCUGGGAAAGCUGCGACAUCUCUACGAAGAAGUCAGGCGGGUUGAGCGUUCAAACGAUUAGACCAGUUUUUAACAAACUUCCAGGUUAUUCAGACUUAUUUGAGAGAAAACAAAACAAAGAGAAAUGGUUAAUUUAUUCCCCCAGUAGUGGUUUAUACUGGCUUACUUGUUUGUUUACAACCAGUUCUAAUUCUUAACCUUGUCAGACCUCUUGUAGCAACAUUUCCAUGUUCUCAGUUCUGAUAGAAAUGAUGGCUAAAACUCAAAUCAGACCCAAGUUGUAAUAAAUCAUAAUUAUCCUUUAAAUUCAGACUAACUUCUUUAUUUUCUUUCUUUAUCUUGUGCUCGCACAGUUGGACAAUAGUCGUACCUUGUCUUUCCCUUAUUUGGAAACCAUUUAAAGAGCUCUUAGGCUGAUAGGGUAAACAGACUUUAAAAGGGACCUCUUCCCUUAACUUUCGUUUAUGUGGCUAAUUCUCUGAGUGCCUCUAUCUGUCAGCAAUAAGACCUUUUCCUUUGUGCUACAGAGGAAACAGACUAAUGGUUAAUUUACAAAGUCAGCUCACUGUGAAAUAACACAGAAAACAGAGCAUUCAUUGCAUCCAUGUGUUUGACGUGAAACAAGCUCAGAACAGGAUGUAACACAGCAAGUGCAACACAGCAGUCGCAUGGCGCAGCUAAUGUACCAUGUCGUUUCUAAUGCACUUUUUAUUGCUGGUGUUUUUUAAAAGGACAAGUCAAGAAACCUCAUUCAUGACCUGCGGUCUUUCUGUUGUAAAGCUGGGAGCUCCAGGGUGGGCAGUAGAUAGAUCGCGGCUCAUGUGAACACGGACUAAUCCUCUUCAUUAAAAAACAGCAGGUGUGUGCAAAUGCUGUUAACCCCCUUGACCCUUAAACUAAACCUUGAACUCCCAGAACCAAAACAUUCUCCACUUCCUUUUCAUGUUGCAAGAACAGAAAGGUGUUUGCACAGAAAAACGUCCAUCUUAACAACUCAUUUAGUUUGCCAGUGUUAAAGGACCAUACCAGUGUUUUUUAACUACAAAUCAUUGACAACUAUGAGUUGAGUUUUACAUUUUUGCAGUGGUGGAAGAAGUAAUCCGAUCCAUUACUUAAGUAAAAAUCCUACUUA